GCGGCCGCGCAUCGAGCUGCUCCCGGCACCAUGCGAGCUGCCGUCUGCCGCCUCUUCCUCCUUCUCCUCCUCCUCCUCCUCCUAUUGCUGCUGCCACCGCCACCCGCCGCCGCCUACUUCGGCCUGACUGGGAAAGAAGCCCUGACCCACUUCCCCUCCUUAGGAACCUCGACAAACUCUGCCCAGGGGAAGGCUCACAUGAAGCAGUGUGACUUGCUGAAACUGUCCCGCAAGCAGAAGAGACUGUGUCGGAGGGAGCCUGGCUUGGCGGAGACGUUGCGUGAUGCCAUCCGCCUUGGGAUCAUGGAAUGCCAGUUCCAGUUUCGCAGUGAACGCUGGAACUGCAGCCUGGAGGGACGGACCAGUCUGCUGAAGCGAGGUUUUAAGGAAACAGCCUUCCUAUAUGCAGUGUCUUCUGCAGCUCUCACCCAUUCCUUGGCCAGAGCGUGCAGUGCAGGGCGCAUGGAGCGCUGCACCUGUGAUGAUUCUCCAGACCUGGAGAACCGCAAGGCCUGGCAAUGGGGCGUGUGUGGGGAUAACCUCAAAUACAGCACCAAGUUCCUGAAAAAGUUCCUCGGUCAGAAGAGGAUUGGAAAAGAUCUGCGGGCCAAGGUGGACAUCCACAACACCAAUGUGGGCAUUAAGGCUGUCAAAAAUGGACUCAAAACUACAUGCAAGUGCCACGGCGUCUCCGGUUCAUGUGCUGUUCGGACUUGUUGGAAGCAGCUUUCUCCUUUCCAUGAGAUUGGACGACUGCUGAAGCUGCGCUAUGAUGAUGCUGUCAAGGUCUUCAGCACCACCAAUGAUGCUGUGGGACACUCAGAGCUGGCCAGCCCACAGAGGCACAGCCAUUCCACCAAGCACCAUGCUUCGCCUCGUGCCACCGACUUGGUGUAUGUGGAGGAUUCCCCCAGUUUCUGCCGUCCCAGCAAAUACUCCCUGGGGACUGCUGGGAGAACGUGCUCUCGAGAGGGCAACUGUGACAGCAUGUGUUGUGGACGAGGCUACAACACCCAGAGCCACCUCGUUACCUUUUCUUGCCACUGUCAGGUUCAAUGGUGCUGCUACGUUGAGUGCCAACAGUGCAUGCAGGAAGAAGUGGUCUACAGUUGCAAGCAGUAAAUCUGUGCUGGAGGGUUAAGACAAAUCCUAUAGUACAAGAAAGCAGUAUUGAGAGUGGGAUGUGAUUCUCUAAGAUGGCGUAAGGGAGAAGACAAGCACCAAAAUGUCCUGUUAUCUCAGUGCUGAGAUCCCCCAGUCUGGGGACAGGGUGUGAAAUGCAGAGGUUUGCCAGGUAAACACAUCAGGAAGGAGAGAGUGGAAGUGGUAAGGGGACAGUAGGAACACUGAAGCAGUCAGACUCUCUUGAGCUUGUUACCACAUCUGCAGGAGUAUUCCCCUCUCCCAUCCCUCACUUGCACUUAUGGAAAUGCAUUGGGGUGGUGACACCAAAAUACCAGGGGCUUGUACUAUGUUGCCUGGAGGAGAGAAGGACUGGAGGGGCAACUAACCAGAGACUGCAUGAUGAUGCACCAAGGCUAAUAAUUCUGGCAGCAGAAGAUCUUACUUACUGUUCUCCAGAAACUGAAUCUUUUCUGCUCUGAACACAUUGUUGAGUAGCAUCAUUUUGACGCAAGUCAAAUACUACUUUGCAAACAAAUGGAGCUCAUGUCCAUCAUCUCCCAGAUCUACACUUUGGGCACUGGGCUCCAAGCACAUUGUAACCGUGGUUGAACUUUGCUGCACACAGAAAACCUGGAAUUGCCUCUGUUAGGAGUGAUCUUUUGCAACACGCAGCCUUGCAAGGGAUUGUGUUAUGGUGGUGGAUCCAGGGUGAUGGUGCUAAUUAUGCAUCUAUUUCAUCUGUUUUUUAUUUUAUUUUAUUUUCCCAAUCAGAAAGCCUAUUUUGCCUUAUGUGUUCUGCUCUUUGCCCUUGCACCCAAAGUGUGAUCCUGCCCUGUGCAAAUGAUAGACAAGAUUUCUGACAAGGAA